AUGGAGCACCCUGGAAGAAAGCAUCCUGCGAAAUCUGGGAAGUCCCCAGCGGAGGAUCAGGUUUUAAGAGCCUAUGCCUUGGAGAAAGAAGGUAGAAAAGAACUGAGUGGUUCAGAGGAAGGGGAAGUCACUGAAGGAAAGACUCCAGCAAUUGAUAAACAUGUGAAGAAAAGGGUUUCUGCAGGAACAAAUGAAGAUGUUGGGGGUGUAGUGCAGAAUAUGCUGGAAGGAUUUGGAGCUAACGUUAACAAGAUUCUAAAUGCCAAGAAAAAAAGACUAGAAAUGUAUACCGAAGCUUCUUUCAAAAGCAGCUAUCAAAAAUUUGAAAAUGUUUGGAAAUCACAACAAGAGCAAAGGCAGAAGCUUAGCCAAGAAUAUUCUCAGCAGUUUCUGACUUUGUUUCAGCAGUGGGACACAGAUGUGCAGAAAUAUGAGGAACAAGAGGAAAAACUAAUUAGUAUUUUUCGACAGCAACAAAAGUUAUUCCAACAAUCUAGAGUUGUUCAGAACCAGAGACUGAAAACAAUUAAACAGUUAUGUGAGCAGUAUGUAAAGAAUAUGGAGGACUUAGAGAAUGAUCUUAAUAUUGUUCUUGUUGGUGCACAAAAUGAACUUAAAAAAGAAAUGGCUAUGUUGCAAAAAAGAGUUAUGAUGGAAACUCAGCAGCAGCAAGAGAUGGCAAGUGUUCGAAACUCUCUUCAAUCCAUGUUAUCUGAUGACUCUUCGAAGAAAGAACUUGAACCUAAGUAA